UACUGUUUUCUUUUUUUAUAUUGUGUGGCUUUUCGUUAUAAUUUUGGCAUACUUAUGAUUGUUCUUCGAUGAAUCUCGCGUGCUAGUUCGCUUUAUCCGUGGUGCCAAAUUUUGAAUCUUUAUGACGUGUAAAAUCGCGCCGAUUUUUUAAACGUUAGUUAGCCAGCUAGCUGGCUGGUUGGCUAAAGUUAAUGUGAUCAACCCAGUUCUUCGAUGACUUUGGCUGCGCUGUGCAAAUGCAGUGCACAGCCACCUGGCAUGAUUUGACUGUUCACAUUCUUGUCAAACUAGCAGCCAUCGGGUGAAGUGACCGUAACAAGCAUGAACAUGGAGGAGGUGGGGGACCUGAAGCCCACAAAAAAGAGCCAGCCACAGAAACGUGCUUUGACUGAAGAGGUGGGCGAUGACGAAGAGGCUGAAAAACUCGAGAAAAAGGAAGAAAGUAGCUCUACACCUCGCAAACGAAUAAACACAGGUGAAAUUAUUGAAGGAAAAAGGCUGAAGAAGACUGUGCAGAGACUCGACUCCAGUGUCGCCAAACCAAAAGAGCGCGUUAAGAUUGAGCAGGGAAGAGGAGACAAACUGGGAGACAUCAUACGUGUGGCAUAUUUCAUCGGGAAAAUGAAAGUGGAGGACUUGAAGCCUCUUCACAAGGUCAUAUUUGAUCGUCCAGGAGCAGCGUCAACUGUGAAGAAGAACAUCCGGCAGUUCAGUGGUUUCCCAUUCGAAGCAGACAGCCAGCCCUACUUGAAAAAGAAGGAGAGGAUGAAAAAGUUUACGAACGCUGUGCUAAAGAAUAUGUGCUAUGUCCUGGACCUUGAGAGGAGUGGAACUCAUGAUGCCAAAAUCGAACGGAUUAUUACUUUUCUCUUAGACCCAAAGACAUCAGGAAAGACUUUACCAAAGAAGAAACGGAAAACCAAAGACUCAAAAAGAAAAGCACAAAGGUCAAACAGGAAAAACGUGCAGGAAGACAGCAAGUCCCGGGCGAUCGUCACGGAUUCCAGCACCGAUGACGAGGACGACAACGAGCAGGACAGCCAGGGAGACGCGAACGUAACCGAGAAGUCCGCCCCGGAACCCAAGAGCCGAGAGACGAUAAGUGACGAUGAAGACGACUCGUCUGAUGAUGUCGUCGACAAGGAUACAGAUGAGGAAGUUAAACAACCCAAGGUGGUGAAAAAACCUGCUCCAAAGAAGAAGCCGGCUCGGGCAAAGCCAGCACCGGUGAAGCCGGCUCCCAAAACCAAGAAGGCCGACAGCAGCAGCGGGCGCCGGAAAAAAGCCAACAACACCAGCGCAGGAUCGGACCUGGAUGACAGCUCGGACGACGAGCCUUUGGCCAAGAUGGUGAGGAAGCCACUGACGGACGAGCAGCUGAAGGAGACGGUGAAGAAGUUACUGAAGGGAGCAAAUCUGGAGGAGGUCACCAUGAAGCAGAUCUGCAAGCAAGUUUUUGACACAUACCCAGACCAUGACCUGUCCAGCAGGAAGGACUACAUCAAGCAAACCGUGAAGCAGUUAAUAUCCUAAAGAAGAUGACGGAAACCCCAGGAAGCAAAAGCCUCUGGAUCUUUUUGUGGAGAUUAGCUGAAGAGUGUGGGGUCAAAGGAAACGAGAAUGUAUCUGCAUUACCGCUUGUGUAUUUUACAGAUUUUACAAUUCAAUCUCCUUUCAGUACUUGUCUUAAAAAGUGUUUGUGUAUAGUUUUCUGCGAUGGUUUUUAUGCGUGUAUGUAUACGUAUGUGUGUUGCGCAUAUAUAUACGUACUUGCAUGCACACACAAAAAUGUAUACAUUUUCAUGCAUACAGCAAAUUUAUUGUUUUUAUUUUUACUUUUUUAUAAAUAUAUUUCCUUAAAUGUAUUUUUCCUGAGGGCAUGCCUGCUUGUAUUUACAGUUUUACACUGAAUCCCAUAGAGGGUGCAUCUUUCAUUUCACUGAGGCCAAUUAAGCUGUGUUUGAAUUGAAUUCAUUCAUGUGUCACGUAAGCAUAAAAAUUUGUGUUCAUUGUUGUAAAUACAGAAACAACUGACCUCACGGUGUUAAACAUAUGGUUUAUAUGAAUCGACCAUACAUUAAUCAGACAAAUUAAAAAAAAACAUAUAGACCAUCAUUAGACAGCAGCAUUCAACUAGGGGGGUCCCCAAUAUGAAGCAACAAGCUAUAACUUGUUGCUAAGUAAUAUGUAGAAAGAUAACUGCUAGUUAAGGCCAUUUUAUUUUUUUUGUGACAAUAUAAAAUGCAGGUUAAGGAGAUACAGUCAUCUGUUUUGUUGUGCACGGCAUUGUCAAAUACGGAACGGGCAAUAAUGCAGACGGCUAUGCCAUGUCUGUACCGGGCCUCGUCUUUAUUUUAAACAAAAGUAAAAUUGUAUAUACAAGUUGCUUUGGCUGUCAAUAAAUCACUGUGUUUUAUGUUGAAACAAAAUGUAUCUUCCCAGUUUUGUUUUGAUUGCAUUUAUUACUUUCUUUAAAGGUAAAAUUACUAGAAAAUGAGUUUGACUCCCAUGACUCCAUUGUGACUAUGGCAUAGUAUUCUAUCUGGCCUAUCUCCUAUUCUACCCCCCCCCCCCCAAACCUUAAAAUGAAGUGAAGGAGAGCAUUGAGUUAUGCAUUGCUGUUUUAAUGCACAUUUUUUCAUUGCAAGCUUGUGAACCUGGGGUAGAGCAGCUGUUUCGCUCAGAUUUUAUGAAAGACAAGUUGGUGUCCCAUCGAAUUAAAAUUCCUACCUUUAAUACACCAUGGCUGAAAAUAAUUAGCUUUGUUUGCUAAAUAUUGUUGCAUGUUUGUUUCUCCCCCAGACCACCUUUGUGUAAUGUGUUGCUCCUGGAUUAUAAGUUAUUUGAUUUGUAUAUUUUGUUUAAAAAAGAACAAGUUGCAUGUAUUUACUCAUUUUUGUAGAAGUGAACAUGUUCGUAUUGAUUUUCAGUCCUCUCAGUGGUGAACUUUUAAGGUACUUUUAAACUUUUAAAGCAUCACCCAUUGACUUGGGCACCAGUAUAUUGUCUUUUUGGGUGAUAACAAGCACUGAGUCCAGUUUGAUUGCCAGGAGUUAGAUCAGGGAUGUCCAGUCUUAUCCAAAAAGCCGGUGCGGGAGCAGGUUUUUGGCGGGACCGCAACAGCGGGACCAGCCCUACAAACGCAAACGUCUGUGACUGAGUGAUGAAGUUACACCAUCGGUCGGCCGAGUUAUGAAGUUACACCAUUGCUCGCCGGUCCAGCCAUAUACUAGGUUUUGACCUGGUCUUGUUUGGUUUGAUUGAAGACCAAGAUUCGUUAAUCAGUUGAAUUGGGUUCUGUAGUUAUGGGCUAAAGCAAAAUCCUGCACCCACACCGACCCUUUUCAGAUAAGAUUGGACCCCCCUGAGUUAGGUGAUGGGCAAGUAAUGGUGAAUAUGCCUCUCCCAUCAUCUCAAGGGGAAUGAAUGAAGACAUGGGAUAUCAUGUCAAGUGCAGCCAAUCCAGAAGUCAAAAUGUUAAUAUGAAAUUAUCUGCUGUUUUCUUUUAUAUAUGUAUGAUAUUUUUGUUUAACAGUUGUACAAUCUUUUUAUUAAAGUUUUUUAAGGCUUUGCCAUCUCUGUUAAA